AUGAAACUGAAGGAACUUGAACGACCAGCUGUCCAAGUGUGGAGCCCAGCUAGCCAGUUCCCUAUGUAUCUGGCCACAGGAACAUCUGCCCAGCAGCUAGAUGCCUCCUUUAACACAAAGGGCACAUUGGAAAUCUUUGAGGUUGAUUUCAGGGACCCAUCUCUGGACCUGAAAUGCAAGGGAGUCAUUUCCACCUUAAGCAGGUUUCACAAGCUGAUCUGGGGGACCUUUGGCAGUGGGUUUCUGGAAGGCUCUGGGGUUAUUGCAGGCGGUGGGGACAAUGGCAUACUUACUCUAUACAGUGUGACCCACAUCCUGUCUUCGGGAAAGGAGCUUGUGAUUGCCCAGAGACAGAAGCACACAGGGGCUGUCAGAGCCCUCGACUUUAAUCCUUUCCAGGGCAAUCUUCUAGCCUCAGGGGCCAGUGAUUCUGAAAUCUUCAUAUGGGAUUUGAAUAACCUGAGUGUGCCAGUGAUCCCAGGAUCCAAGUCACAGCAGCCCCCAGAAGACAUCAGGGCACUCUCUUGGAACUGGCAAGUCCAACACAUUCUAUCUUCUGCUCAUCCCAGUGGCAAAGCAGUAGCGUGGAAUCUCAGAAAGAAUCAGCCUGUCAUCAAAGUCAGUGAUGACAGCAACAGGAUGCACUGCUCAGGCCUGGCUUGGCACCCAGACAUAGCUACCUAGUUGGUGCUAUGCUCAGAGGGUGAUCGUCUCCCAGUGAUCCAGCUGUGGGACUUGCGCUUUGCCUCCUCACCCCUGAUGGUGCUGGAGAGCCAUAGCAGGGGGAUCUUGUCAGUGUCAUGGAGCCAGGCUGAUGCUGAGCUGCUGCUCAGUAGUGCCAAGGACAACCAGAUCUUGUGCUGGAAUCUGGGGAGCAGCGAGGUGGUGUAUAAGCUACCCACACAGAGCAGUUGGUGCUUUGAUGUGCAGUGGUGCUCUCGGAACCCUCCAGUGUUCUCUGCUGCCUCCUUUGAUAGCUGGAUCAGUUUGUAUUCUGUGAUGGGUAGAAGCUAGGAAGUCCAGCAGAUGAGACAAGCUGACAAGAUCUCCUCUUCCUUCAGCAAAGGCCAGCGUUUCCCACCAUUGCAGGUGCCAGAGCAGGUGGCCCAAGCAGCGUUGAUACCUUCCCUGAAAAAACCCCCCAAAUGGAUUAGAAGGCCAGCAGGCGUUUCGUUUGCUAUAAGUGUAGUUUUGUGCGGGAAGCUGGUUACCUUUGGCCUCCCCAGCACCCCUGCCCAUCAGGUGCCACAGCCUUGCCCUGGCCUCAUCUUCAUCAGUCAAGUAACCACAGAAUCUGAACUCCUGAUGCGGUCAGCUGAGCUGCAGGCAGCGCUCAGAUCAGGAAAUCUCCUGAAUUAUUGUCAGAACAAGAUCCAGCAAACUUCAUCGCAAAGGGAAGAGAUGCUCUGGCAGUUCCUGAAGGCAACCUUAGAGCAAGACUCCAGGAUGAAAUUCCUAAAGCUAUUAGGAUACAGUAAAGAUGAGUUGCAGAAGAAGGUGACCACAUGGUUGAAGAGUGACUUGGGGCUGAGUGAGAGCCCUCAGCCUGAGGGAAAUGACCUCAACAGUUCCAGACAACAGACCUUCUGCUGUCAGGCCUCCAAACAUACUACAGAGGAGUACCCUGCCUCCUCAGCCUUCUUUGACUAACUGGUCCCUCAGAACAUGACUCCACUGGAGAUUCCCAUCACAGAAGACACUGAUGGACUGCUGAGCCAUGCUCUCCUACUUGGGGAACUGGGCCCUGCCAUGGAGCUGUGUCUGAAGGAAGAAUGCUUUGCUGAUGCUAUCAUCCUGGCCCAGGCUAGGAGCCAAGAUCUGCUGAAGCAAACACAGGAGCACUACUUGGCCAAGAAGAAAACCAGAAUUUCCUCGCUUCUAGCCUGUGUUGUGCAGAAGAAUUGGAAGGACAUGGUGUGUGCCUGUAACCUGCAGAACUGGAAGGAGGCACUGGCCUUGCUACUGACAUACUCAGGACCAAAAGAAUUCCCUGAGCUCUGUGACAUGCUGGGAACUCGCAUGGAGCAGGAGGGUGGCAGGGCACUAACCUCCGAAGCCAGACUCUGUUAUGUGUGCUCGGGGAGCUUGGAGCGGCUGGUGGAAUGCUGGGCAAAAUGCCACCAGGCUGCAUCCCUGAUGGCACUGCAGAAUCUGAUGGAGAAGGUGGUGGUCCUCAACAGGGGCUUGGAGCUACUCUUGGGUCCUGAUGGGGUGAGCCUAGGCCCUGCCACAGCCCACACUGUCACUCAGUAUGCCAGCCUUUUGGCAUCCCAGGGCAGCCUGGCCACUGCCAUGAGCUACCUACCCAGUGACUGUGCUCAGGCACCAGUUCAGCAGCUGAGAGAGAGGCUUUUUUAUGCCCAGGGUUCUGGAGUCUUGGGCCAACAGUCUCCCCCUUUUCAUUUCCCACAGGUUGUUGUGGGAGCUACCCCCCACUCCACAGAGACAUCAUUUUAUAGAUUGGGAUUUCAGCCUUCUCAGAAAGUUUCAACUCCAUCACCAAGGCCAAGAGUUUUCACUCCUCAGUGUCCACCAGUGAUGCCCUUGACAUCUUCCUAUCCUAGCCCUUAUCAGAGUUCCAAAGCCCAAAAUAUAAGUGUCUACAGGGUACCUGGGCCCCAGGCAGCCCAGCCUUUGCCCCUGGGCUACGGGGUGAAGCCUGCUCUAUCUCAGCCACUCUUCUUAGGAGGGCAAAGGACCCAAGCUCCUAACCCUGUGGGACUCCCUGGAUUGUGGCCUCUUUGUUGUCCCCCUCCAUCCAUGGCAUCCCCAGACAUCAUGCAGCCUGGCUCUACUUCCCUGCCUGAGACUCCUCAACUCCUCCUUCUGCUUCCUGUGAGACCACCAGGUCCCAGCCCUAUGAGCUCCCAGACCCCGCCCCCUCCUGCGAGCUCCCUUGUAGCAUACCCUCCAGGAGGGCCAGGUGCUUCAUACUGUAGCGCCUUCCCAACCACUGGCAUCUUGACUCCUCACCCAGGGUCUCAGAAUUCCUGGAAAGAUGUGUCAGCCCCAAGGGGGAACCACCAGAGGAAAAAGCUGCUGGAGGCAUUUACACCCCCAGCACCAAUUACUGCUCCAGUUAUGAGCCUCACCCCUGAGCCACGAGAGGGCCUUUCCUCACAGCCUCCUGUCCCUGAUGUGGGUCGUGCUCCCCCCGGGGCUCCAGGAGAGCUCAGCCUGCAGCAACUUCAGCAACUGCCACCUGAGAAGAUGGAAGGGAAAGAGCUGCCCCUGGAGCAUCAGUCCUUGAAGACCAGCUUUGAGGUACUUCUACAGUGCUGCUCCCUGUCUGCCACUGACUCAAAGACAAAACGGAAGCUGGAUGAAGCAGCCUGACAACUAGAAUGUCUAUAUGAGAAGCUCUGGGAGGGGACUCUCUCACCUCAGCUUCUGGCUGGGCUCCGCAAGGUGGCCUGGUGUGUGGAUGCAGGAAGCUUUGAGCAGGGCCUUGCAGUGCAUGCCCAGGCGGUGGGCUGCAGUAGCUUCAGCGAGGUGUCCAGCUUCAUGCCUAUCCUGAAGGCUGUCCUCACCAUUGCUCAGAAGCUGCAGGUCUAA